AUGGCUGAAAAGGAGGAGAAGAAACCCCAAAGCCCAAGGAUGAAGUGCAAGGGUCCCAACCUAACCAUACCAGAGUUUAGUUUGGACGAUUUCAAGAAACAUUCACACAAUGCCACACCAACAUCUGCAAAACCUCAAAGUGCAAGGUGGAAGAACUGUCUUUGCUCACCCACCACGCACGUCGGAUCAUUCCGUUGCAGACACCACAGGAAUUCAGGACUUCCUCGCGGUGGUUCUGUUGGCUCCAACCUGUCCAACUAUGCAGAGCUGGCCGAGGCGCGCAAACAGAGUCCUCUUAAUGACUAA